ACCGUAAUUUACCCUUUUUGAAUUGUUUGAUGUAUUAACCCUAAUUUGUUUGAAUCCUAAUAAUAAACGAUUCUUCAUUAUCUAGGGUUAAUAAAUCUCUAGCUAAUUAGUAAUUAAUUAGCAAUCAAGAAUGGCAACGGAGGAGAAGAGAUCAAAAACCCUGGACCAUCUUCCCCAAGAAAUAAUCGAAGAAAUCCUAUACAAACUUCCGGUUAAAUCCCUGUUCAGAUUCAAGUGCGUUUCGAAACGAUGGCGUUUUUUAAUCUCCAGCAAAAAAUUCGCCCAACACCACCUCAAGAAAUCAAGAACAAAUUUGAGCCGUCAAAAGCUCAUCAUCUUGAACAGUGACGUCAUCAACCGCAGUUUCAGGUCAUGCUCUCUCCAAACCCUAAUCGAGAAUUCGAACGUCGCGAGUUUCGAUCAUCAUCGGAUGGACCUGCGCACAGCCGAUCGCAUCCCCAUGAGAAGUAGUAGCAGUAUCACCAGUUUUUCCGAUGAAAGAGACGAGCACUAUAACCUCCGCCGGCUGUACAACCCGACCACACAUUAUCCGAUGAUGGCGACGACGAUGAUGACGUCAGCGAGAAGAACGAGAAGGAGGUUUAGUAACUACCCUCGCUGCGAUUUUUUACUCGAGGUGUUGGGAUCGUGCAACGGGUUGCUACUCGUCUCGGUUGAUGUGAGGAAUUUAAUUUUAUGGAACCCUACAACGAGACAAGCCAAGAAUAUUUCCCCGCCCGAGAACCGCAGUCGUUAUUUUUAUAGCGAUGACUUUAUAGACGGCGGAUCUUUCGUGUACGGAUUAGGGUACGAUGAAUCCACCGAGGACUACAAGGUCGUCUGUUUUUUCGUCGAGUACGAAAAGCCGCACAAUACCACCACCACGAUGAUUUACAGUAGGAGGGCUAAUUCUUGGAAGAGAGUCGAGAGUUUCGAAAAGGGCUUUUUUAGGUUGGAUAUUUGCGGCACGUUUGUGAACGGAAAGCUGCAUUGGAUGACGGAGGAGGACAAGAAUAAACGCGGUCGUUGGGAUAUUGUUUCUCUUGAUUUGGCGGAGGAGAAAUACGAAAUGGUGGGCCCACCGCAGAGCCGUACGCAUUAUCGACCACGGUUGCACGAUUUGGGAGGUUGUCUAAGUUUGACUAGUUUUGACCGGAAUUUGGAUAUGGAUGUUUGGGUUAUGACGAAAAAGUGUGGCGAGGCGGAAUAUUCUUGGACUAGGGUUUGGAAACUUUGUUGCGAUAUGAUGUUAUACGGCCAUCGCGGAAAUACUGUGUGCCCGUUGUGGUUGACGAGAAUCGAGAAUGGAGAUAUCGUAGUGACUUUUGCAGUGUCGUAUGGAUUGGACGUGGUUGUUUAUAAUGGAAGUAAUGUGUUGCAUACGUCUCGAGUUCGUACGGUUGACGAUCCGAGUUGCCUCGAUGUUGAGUUUGAAGCCAAAAUCUUUGUCGAAAGCUUAGUUUCACCGUUUGGGGAUCAACAAUGAUCGAUCUACUGUCGUAUAUGUUCUGUGACUUAAAUCUUUUUAAUUUUCAAAAUAACAUGUUUCUAAUUUAUGAAUAUUUAGUCAUCUUUUUCUAGACAUUGUUUUGAUUUCAAGAAUUUUGGGGGUUUAUUAGAAGCGAAUUUAUAUAUAAUGUUCUUGUCUAUGAAUAUAUUACAGGCAAUAUAGUGUACAUAUAUACACACACACACACUCACACUUCAUAGCUUAAACCAUUGCUAUAUAUUUUCUCCAUUAGUGCUAUUAUGUAUAAUCGUAGAUCUGCAC